UGAUUCUCAUCACCAAGGACUAAUGGGGAGGGUGAAGAAAAAGUAAAUGCUGCCUUGGGUAAGCAACAGCAUUUUCUUCUGCUCCUGGGGCCCCUCCACCAGCCGGACAUUUCAUGGCUUCUCCAAGGUUAGAAACCUACUGCUGCCCUAACAGGGAUGCAGCUACACAGCUAGUGAUGAGCUUCCAGCCUGAAGUCUUCUGCGGAGUUUGCAUUGGCAGUGCCUCCAUCAGUCUGACACUGACCAUCCUGCAGCUUCUGCCAAAGAAAGGGCAGAGCCCACGGAAGAUGCCCAAAGCCUCCUCCUCUUCCACCAUCCUUCUCCUUAUCUCCAUUUGUGACAUUCUCGGAGGUUUAGGUAUGAUCUUUAGGUCAAGUGUAUGGCUAGGCUUCCCAGGCUUCAUAGCUAACAUUUCUGUGGUGAACGGGACUGAUGUGUGGCCUUCCGCUUUCUGCGUGGGGAGUGCGAUGUGGAUCCAGCUGUUAUAUAGCGCUGGCUUCUGGUGGUUGUUUUGCUAUGCUGUUGAUUCUUACUUGGUGGUGAGAAGAUCGGCUGGACUGAGUACCAUUGUGCUGUACCACAUGAUGACGUGGGGCCUUGCGGUGCUGCUCUGCGUGGAGGGGAUUGCACUGCUUUACUACCCUUCUAUCUCCAGUUGUGAAAAUGGCUUGGAACAUGCAAUCCCACAUUACGUCACAACCUAUGCCCCACUCCUGCUAGUGUUGGUGGUCAACCCAAUCCUGUUUAGGAGGACAGUAUCAGCAGUUGCCUCCUUACUGAAAGGAAGACAAGGGAUUUACACGGAGAAUGAAAGACGUCUGGGAACAGAGAUCCAGAUGCGCUUCUUCAAAAUUAUGCUGGUAUUUGUUAUUUGCUGGUCAUCCAAUAUCAUCAAUGAGACCCUUUUGUUCUAUCUCGAAAUGCAGCCAGAUAUCAAUGAAACACCCCUGAAAAACAUCAGAAGUGCUGCACUGAUCACAUGGAUUAUAAUGGGGGUUCUUAAUCCGAUGCAAGGCUUUCUUUUCACGUUAGCUUUCUAUGGGUGGACAGGAUGGAAAGUGGACCUGAAAUGGCGAAAAAGAGAAAUACCCUGGGAAUCUAUGUCCUCAUCGACUGCGGGGGAGAAUGCCUAUCCCUCACCAGUGAACUACCAAAGCAACAUCCAUGAUUCAAAGAAGAUAUCGACAACUGACAGCCAGCAGACCGAUGAGGCUAUAAGCAUGUUGUCCGAAGGUAACACUAGCAGUGAUGAGAGGUUAACCAGAAGCUCUCCCAUCUACCAGGGCUGGUAGUUUUAGAUGCUGAGCUGGGUCCAACUUUUCACAUUGUCAAUACUCAUAAAACCAUGUCAAUAUGGGAAGCAUUGCAUCCUCUGGAAUUGGGUUUGUGCUCAAUGGCUUGAUGUUAUUUCCUAUAACUUGUGAGAGUGUGUGAAAGAGCAUGUGAGACAGAGAGAUAAGAUUUAUGUCUUCAUUUGCCUUCUAGGACACAUAUAAAAACGUAUAAAGGCUUGAUCCUUUUUCAGCAGGAGCAUAUCUCUGCAAAGAUAUAUGUUUCUUACAAUUAAUUUUCAUCCAUUUUGUUUUAAUCUCUCUUGUAACUUCCAUCCAGUAAAAGACUCUUGUUUAAAUAAAUG